UGAACUACAAUUCCCAGCAGCCGCUACUCUACCGUAACUCCCGGAAGUGACUGAUCUGGUAACUCGGGGUCACGGGUUGGUGUAUGGAAUGAAGAAAAGUCUCCAUAUAGUUUCAAUUAAAUUUUGACGGGAAAUAACAAUGUAUGUCCAAGAGACCAGGAAGACUCACUCCUAUUACUAGCAUUAUAAUCUCUGACACACAACAAGAAAUGGAUGAAGAUGAAGUUGAUAAUGCUCAAAAUAGAGAGAAAUCCAGUGCAGAAGGGACUGCAAAUAGUGACUGUACAAAUGACCUUUGGGGCCGAAUAGAUGAAAAUGGCAACAAAACAGAAAGUGGACAGAAGCGAUAUCAUUGUAUUGAUUGUGGAAAAAGCUUCACUAGGAAGUCCUCCCUUAUUGUACACCAGCGAAUACACACUGGGGAGAAGCUCUUCAUGUGCACAGAGUGUGGGAAAAGGUUUGGCCUCAAGUCCUCUAUGGUCCGACAUAUGAAAACCCACACACCAAAGACCCCAAAUAUCUGCUCCGAUUGCGGCAAGUGCUUCACCCGUUAUUCCAGCCUUUUCCAGCACCAGAAAGUCCAUAGGAAAGAAAAACCCUAUAAAUGUUGCCACUGUGAGAAGACCUUUUCUCGGGCAUCACAACUUGUAGUUCAUCAGAGGAUCCAUAAGAGGAAUCUGCUGCCUAUGAAGUCGGAGUGCGGGGAAAGCUGUAGUGACGUGGACAAGCUCAGCAUUCAGAAGAGAGCACAGCAAGCCAAUGUAUGCCUGCAGUGCGGGAAAGUUUUUAGAGCGCUAGGCUCUCUCAUGCGACACCAGAGAGUACACAGAGUAAAAACUGUUUUCUCCACUGACAAGGAUAAUGGAUUCACACAGAAAGUAGAUUGUAAUUUAUCUGGAUCCUUACAUAAGAAGAAAAAAAAAUUGCGUCAAAGAAGAAAUGAGUCUGCUCAUGCAGAAAGGAAAACUCACAGUGGGGACAAACGCUUUCUAUGUAUUGACUGUGGGAAAAGCUUCACCAGGAAGUCCUCCCUUAUUGUACACUAUCGCAUACACACUGGCGAGAAACUCUUCAUGUGCGCAGAGUGUGGGAAAAGGUUCGGCCUCAAGUCCUCUCUGGUCAGACACACUAGGACUCAUUCUCCAAAAGUCCUCAAUAUUUGCUCUGACUGUGGCAAGUGUUUUAGUCGCUACUCCAGCCUAUUCCAGCAUCAGAAAGUCCACAAGAGACAGAAGCGCUAUAAGUGUCCGCAGUGCCUAAAGAACUUCUCUCGGGCAUCACAGCUUAUAACUCAUCAGAAGACCCACAAAGCAGAGAAGGUGUGUCCAAAAUCAGAACUUGCAGAAGACACUGAUUAUCAAGGUGACCUUAGCAACUAUCUCAGAUCCAACUCUGCAGGAAAGUCCCAUGUAUGUCUGCAAUGUGGGAAAUGCUUCAGGAGGCAAAGUACAUUUAUAAGACACCAGAGGAUACACUUAGGUAAUGGUCAUUCAUUUAAUAGCAUGAACUGUCUGUUACACACAGAUAUGUAUGUCAGAACAUACUCUAGCAUUUCUGAACCUAUUUACACAGGUGAAGAUAUGGAACGACAGAAGAAGAUGUUGCCUGAUAUCUUAGAGAAAUGUAACACUGAUGAGGAAGAAAACCGCUAUAUUGCCGUAUUGCUUGGGGAUGAUGCAGAUGGGAAAGUCAGUAGUGGAGCAAAGCGCUUUCUAUGUAUUGACUGUGGGAAAAGUUUCACUCGGAAGUCUUCCCUCAUAGUACACCAGAGAAUACACACCGGUGAGAAACUCUUCAUGUGCUCUGAGUGUGGGAAAAGGUUCAGCCUCAAGUCCUCUCUGGUCAGACACAUGAGGACUCAUUCUCCAAAAGUCCUCAAUAUCUGCCCGGAUUGUGGCAAGUGCUUUAGUCGCUACUCUAGCCUUUUCCAGCACCAGAAAGUCCACAAAAGAGAGAGGCGUUAUAAGUGUCCGCAGUGCCAGAAGUCCUUCUCUCGGGCAUCACAGCUUGUAACUCAUCAGAAGACCCACAAAGCAGAGAAGCUGCGGCCAAAAUCAGAACAUACUGAAGCUUGCGAUUAUCAAGGUAAGGGUGAGACCGAUGUUAUGGAUAAUGCAGGUAGCAAUGCACAUUCUCGUAUUCAAAAGUUGAAGAGAAAAAACAAUUGUAAAUCUUUUACCAAAGAAGACAACUUUAAACUGCUUAGAAGUGAGAACACAGAAAACGUUAUCUUUAAUACUGCGUCAGAUGAUUUUGAUUCUAAACAAGUGGGAAAUGGGAAAUGCACAAGCAAUACUAAGUCCAUUCCCAAACGAAGAUCUUCCAGCAGCAAAAAGCCCUACCAUUGUAUCCAGUGUGGGAAAAACUUCACCCGCAAGUCCUCCCUUAUUGUCCAUCAGAGAGUCCACACAGGGGAGAAGCUCUUUAUGUGCACCGAGUGUGGGAAGAGAUUUGCUUUCAAGUCCUCUCUAGUCAGACACCUGAGGACCCAUUCUGGCGAAACCCUCAAUAUCUGCUCUGAUUGCGGCAUUUAUUUCAGUCGAUAUGACGAUCUGGUGUUACACUUAGAAAAUCAUAAGGGUCAGCUGCAGAUGAAUCAAAAUGCUGUAUCAAAGACUGAACCAGGAGAAGAACCAUCUAUGGACACAGAGGUGGUAGCAAAGGUGCCUUUUGAGAGAGAACAGGUGUCAAGUCUGCUGGACAAGGGCCAUGGUAAUGAAUAUCCACUGCCUAUCGCAUCUCUACCUAUAAAUGACUAUCUGGACUCACAGUAUGCUAACACAGAAGAGAAAAUACAGAACGAGUCUAUGAAUAUAAAGCAGGAGUCUCCUGAAAACAUCUGCACAUCUGGUGAAUGCCUUGAACGCCAUAAGAAUGAAGAAAUUAUCGCAUGUCCUUAUUCACUUGACUGGGGAGCGGAUUUUGAUUUUUCAAAAUCUUUAAUUGAAGAAACUACUGGGAAGAUAGAGAGAACCAAUGAAAGUGAAAACCAUUUAGAGCAACCUGUGUUAAAUGGAGUGAAUAAUGGCACCUUAGGAAUAAGCUUUUGGGAUGGGUCUGAUCAAAUGAACAAGAGAAGACAGAGCGGAGAAAAACGCUUUUUAUGUACCGAGUGUGGGAAACGUUUCACCCGGAAGUCCUCUCUCAUUGUGCACCAGAGAAUACACACCGGUGAGAAGCUCUUCAUGUGCACAGAGUGUGGGAAGAGGUUUGGCCUCAAGUCCUCUCUAGUCAGACACACGAGGACUCAUUCUGUAGAAUGUUUCACAUGCAGUGAGUGCGGGAAAAGCUUCAGGGACCAUUCCAAGCUCUUACAACAUCAGACAAGUCACACAGCAGAUUGGCCCUACUCAGAUCCCCAUCUAACAGUCCAUUAGAUCCCACUUUAAAUUUAUACAUCAGAAUUUUUAUAGAACAUAUGGCAGCACAAUGGUCUGGUGGAUUUGUGACCAAUAAUUAAAUGAAAGUGUGGGAUGCUGCCAAUGAAUUGUUGCAGUUACUGGCUGUAUGUUUUUUGUUACAGACAGGAAAGGAAGUUACCAAGAAAGUAUGAAAAUCUUGUCUGUAUGAUAUAACAAGUGUGCACAUGUAUUGACACUUUUGCCUUCUGUGAAUGUUAUUGUUUGAUUCCUUACUCCAUUUUAUACUGUGAACAGUUUUAUAAAAAAGUUAGUGAACUGUUAUAAUACA